AUGACUCCCGUCAACCCCUUCUUCCUCUUCUUCAUCUUCCUCCUUUCUCUCCCGUUCUCUUCCUUAUCCGCUACGUGUCCCCUCAACUUCACCGUCCUUGGCACUACCAAGCCCUCCUCUUUCGACUCCUCCCGGUGCCGGGUCACCAGCCAAGCCCUCCACCUCGUCCAGUCCGAUUACCUCCGCCGCAGCGGCUUCUUCCUCUCUCCCUCCAAUGCCUCCGACUCCUGCUGGGAAAACUUUCAGUCCUAUGUAAACCGCUUCGACCCGACCUUCGACAUUCGCUCCUACUGCGGCUUCCAAACCUCGUGGAUCUCCCAAGGCUGCGUCAACGUCACCACCAAACAAGAUUUCGAAGACCUGGUUCCCCAAUCUGCGCUUCAGGGCAUUCAAAAUAAGUGCAACCAAUCGCUCGAGAAUAACUCCCCCUGCGCCCUCUGCACCUCCUCCAUGGCUGCCAUCCCACCCUUGGGACAGUCCGUCGGCAACCUCACCAGCUGCACCGACUACUCUUCUCUCUACGCCGCCGCCUUCACUAAUUUCCUCGGCCCCUCCGACCCCGGCACCGCCAAGUGCUUGUUCUCCCUCGAAUUUCCCACCGCCGGUUCCUCCGCCGCCAAAAAAAGAAAGCUUCUUAUUGCUCUUGUAUCUGUUGUCUGUGUCGUGGUCUUCUCCCUGCUGGUUCUCGGCUUUUGGGCUUAUCGCAAGUUGGAAGAGAAGGUGGCCCGGGAUAAGGAUUUUCGUAUUGCGGAAAUCGGUUUGGUUUCUGGGUUGGACUCCAUGGAGCAGAGCACCACUUUGAUCAAGUUUGUUUUCGAUGAUAUCAAGAAGGCGACUAAGAAUUUCUCCCGGGAUAACAUAGUUGGAAGAGGGGGUUACGGGAAUGUGUACAAAGGGUUGCUUCCUGAUGGGAGUGAGGUUGCGUUUAAGAGGUUCAAGAAUUGUUCGGCUUCUGGUGAUGCCAGUUUUACUCAUGAGGUUGAGGUUAUUGCCAGCGUGAGGCACGUUAACCUCGUUGCCCUGAGAGGUUAUUGUUCUGUCACUACUCGUUUAGAAGGUUACCAGAGGAUUAUUGUUUGCGAUAUGGUGAAAAACGGGAGUCUCCAUGAUCAUUUGUUUGGUUCCAAUGGGGUGAAACUGAGUUGGCCAAUUCGUCAGCAAAUUGCUCUAGGCACGGCUAGAGGGUUGGCUUAUUUGCAUUAUGGGGCUCAGCCUGCAAUCAUUCAUAGGGAUAUUAAAGCAAGUAAUAUACUUUUGGAUGAAAAGUUUGAAGCCAAGGUUGCAGAUUUUGGACUAGCGAAGUUUAACCCGGAGGGGAUGACGCAUAUGAGCACUAGGGUGGCUGGAACCAUGGGGUAUGUUGCUCCGGAAUAUGCUUUAUAUGGACAGUUGACAGAGAGAAGUGAUGUGUUCAGUUAUGGGGUUGUGCUUCUUGAGCUUUUGAGUGGGAGGAAGGCGCUUCAGAUGAACAAUGAUGGUCAACCUUCUGCUUUGACUGAUUGGGCUUGGUCGUUGGUUAGAACAGGAAAGGCUUUGGAUGUUAUUGAAGAUGGCAUGCCACAACCUGGUUCACCACAAGUUCUUGAGAAGUAUGUGUUAAUUGCUGUGCUUUGUUCUCAUCCGCAGUUGUAUGCUAGACCAACAAUGGAUCAGGUUGUUAAAAUGAUGGAGACUGAUGAAUCGGUGCCCUCAAUACCUGAACGGCCAAUCCCUCUUGUUGCUGGGAGGCUUGAUAUUGAUAGAUCUGUGAGCAGUAGUGGCUCUGGUCAGCUCUCUAGUCCAACCGGUUAUCAAUCAUAUACCAUAGAAAGUGAUUACCAGUCUACUAAUUCUAGGGAAGAAAGAAGCUCGAGCUCCAGGAUUCUGAGUACAGAUUGA